AUGGCUUCUAAGCCCCACGUCGGGGUCAUUGGGGCGGGCCUCUCGGGCCUGCGUUGUGCCGAUAUUCUUGUUCAGAAUGGUGCCAGAGUGACCAUUCUGGAAGCUAGGGAUCGCGUUGGUGGGAGGGUGCAUCAAGACGAGUUGGGAGGCCAUUUGGUUGACCUCGGACCGAAUUGGAUCCACGGCACGGGCGAGAAUCCGAUCUUGACGAUUGCCCACGCCACGGAGACUGUAGUCCAUGACCCGGAGGGCCACAACAUCCUCAUCUCGCGCGAUGGGCAGCUUGUGUCUGAGGAGGUUGCGUCCAAAAUCUCCGAGUUCAUGUGGACUACCGUCGGAGAGGCUUUUGAGUACAGCAACGCCCACGGGGACAUCAUCCCGCCGGAGCGAAGUCUGUACGACUAUUUCCAAGAAAAGCUGGAGCAGACACAGUUCUCGCAGACGGAGAAGCAGAUGUGUUUGGAUUCUUGUAGGCUUUGGGGCGCGUAUGUGGGCGAUCCCAUUGAGCGACAGAGUCUCAAGUUCUUCCGUCUGGAGGAAUGCGUUGAUGGAAGCGAGUACUGCCUUAUACUCUAUCAAUGUGAUGAAUCUGCUAACAUCUUUAUAGACAAUUAUUUUGUGGCUUCUACCUACAAGCGCAUCUUAGCGCAUGUUGCCAAGUCAGCACAGACGCACGUCGAUAUCCAACUCAAUCGGCCCGUUGUACGCAUCGAAGCACCACCACGAGACAGCUCCGACCCAGGCCAGCACCAAGUUACCUUGUCUACCGCCGCGGGAGAACAAUACACCUUCGACGAAGUAGUCGUGACUUGCCCACUCGGCUGGCUCAAGCGCAAUACGGACGCAUUCAUCCCACCACUCCCAGACCGACUUCUCCAGGCCAUCAACAGCAUCUCCUACGGACGCCUGGAAAAAGCAUAUGUCACCUUCCCACGAGCAUUCUGGCACGACACGACCAAUGACAACACUAAUGGAUCCUCACAAGCGACCAAAAGCCCCGUCUUCGCCCAAUUCCUCGAACCAUCCUACACAGACUACCCCCAUGGAAUCGAAUGGAAUCAAGAAUGCCUCUCUCUCGCCUCUCUCCCGGACAAAACCGCCCAACCAACCCUUCUAUUCUACACCUACGGGCCAUGCUCCACAUACAUCGUGUCCAAAAUCGCAAACCUCGACCCCUCAUCACCAGAAUACAAAAACACACUCAUUGAUUUCCUAAAACCAUUCUACGCCCGGCUCCCAGGCUACAACCCCACCUCUCCAGACUGCGUACCCAGCGAGAUCCUAGCAACACGCUGGCAAACAGACCCCUACGCAGGGAACGGGUCAUACUGUAAUUUCCAGGUCGGGCUGACGCAGGCGGAUAAAGAUAUCGAGGCGCUACGGUCUUGUGUGGGCGUGGGCGAGGGACGCGGGUUAUGGUUUGCGGGUGAGCAUACGGCACCGUUUGUGGCGCUUGGGACGACUACUGGGGCUUAUUGGAGCGGGGAGAGGGCCGCAAUGCAGGUUUGUCAGAAACUGGGGCUUGGAAGUGCUGGGGCCAAUGGUGUGAGGGACGAUUCUUUGCCUUCUGCUGGUAGGAAAUAG